AAAAGUUUGUACGGGCUUCAGUAAGCUGUAGAGCACGUUUAUGAAUAAGGAACAUCUUACAUUUUUUAGGUUAGCUUGCUGGUCAUGCAUGUUGUGAUCUCGUGAACUAGACAUUUCAAUUAACAAUUUUGACAGUAAAAUAAAAAGUAGACAUUUUUCAAAUACAUGUUCAUUUAAAUGGAUAACGUUAGUUGCUGGUCGGAGCUAAUCGUGAACAUGAUGCCUUUACUGUUCUUGUCGUGGUUAGCUGAGUUAACUGAACUUGACCAAAUGGAGUUGACUUUACUCGGCUAUGUCGUGGCAUUAUUGUCUCUGGUGUAUGACUUUCUGGCAGCUAGAGCAAAUUCUGUUCUAUCAUGUGCUCCAAUUUCUAGAUGAACUGGUCAUUGUUAAAUAAUGAAAACGCGUGAUUCUUCCCCACCAUUGCACGUUCACGUGCCAGAGACCACGCCUGUACAUGUACACCUGAAGAGUCAGAAGAGCUGUACUACAACGACACCACAGAUGAAGAUUAAAGAGGUGCAAAUCAAAGGGGAUAUUGGGAACCUGCGCGCUAGAGCGAGGUCCCGGGCACCCUGGGUGCCGGCCCCAGGAAGAACCUCCACUCGGGAUGACGCAUACAAGUGGGAGUUGACUGACCUGUCUGAUGAGGAUAAACAAGAACAGAGGAUGCAUAGCCAGUGUAACAAAUAUAGGAGGAAGAUUGAUGGACUCAUGAUGGAUGUUGGGUCUCCAAAGAAUGACGUGAGGCUGUGGAAGAAGGAGCGUAUGAUGGAGCACCAGUCAGAGUGUCUGAGCGCAUGCCAGCGUGUCAUCGACGAGCAGGAGGAGGAGCUGCUGGAUGCCACCAAAGAGCUGGACCUCAGAGAACGAGAGAAGAUCUCCAUCCAACACUCCCUAAGGAAGAGGGGCGAAGCAGGCUACAACAGUGCUUAUUCGGGGACUCUACACGGGGAAAGAUACAUACUACUGAGGAAGCUGGUAGAAGCGGAGUUUGACGGGGUGGCAGUGGUCACACAGUUGACAGUAUUGAAUGAGUCCAUGGGUUGUGUGAAAAAGGAUAAGCGGUUGUCCAAGGCGGACGCUGCCCUGCUUGGUAGGCAGCAGGAGCUGCUGACAAAGAAGAUAGAAACAUUUGACAGCACAAACCGCACUCUCCAAGAACUCCUCAGGGAGUGCCAUGAGCGAGAGAUAGAAUCAUUGAGGACAUCAGAGCAAAGGCAAGGCCUACUGAAGAGACUGGCAGACACAGAAGCAGAAAAAAAUCAUCUUGCUGCAAAACUCAACAACAAAGAGAAGGAAGCCACCCAGCUUGCAGUACGUUUGGAUUCUGAAAAGGACAUUGUGAAGACCACAGGAGAGCUGUCUAAAGUUCUGGAGUCAACCUGCAGCCAGCUUAUUUUUCAGUUACGCAGCAAAGAGACUGAAAAUGACUGCCAGGCCAGCCGGAGUAAAGAGAUGGAGCAGCAGAAGGAGGAGAUACAGGCCCUGCUGGAGCAGCUGAAGCGACAGAGUAAAGAGGACAAAGAGAGUCUGAAGCAGGUCAACCAGAGGCAGAGGGCAGAGCACAGUGAGGAUUCAGCCAGACAUCUCUCUGCACAGCUGCUGGUGAAGGUCAGACACUCACUGGUCCUCAGGCUGCUCUCAUGGGUUGACACGUGGUGUUGGGAGACUGAGUUGGCAGAGGCCCUUACCUCAGCUGAGAGCUGGUGUACCCGCCACUCGAAAGAGGUGACUGUUAAGAGCCAGCUUGAAGUGGAAAUCGCUGUUCUCAAGAACCAGGUGAGUGAGCUGACUGGACAGAUCCACACUGUGGAGGAGAAAGGCCAUCCAGAGAGGGAGGGGCUCCUGGACCAACUGCACCGCCUCACCUCUGACAACUCCUCCAACAAACUACAGAACCAGAAACUGAAGAUCACCCUGUGUGCUGCAGAGGAGAACCUGAUGCAGUCCCAGUCUGAAGUCCAGCAGCUGAAGAGUUCAGUCAAGAAGCUAGAGAGCCAGGUGGAAAACUAUAAGCGCAAGGUUCAGAGGGCUCGAUUAGAGUCAGAGGAGUACUGCUUAAAGCUGGAGAUCUCUGAGAAACAUGCACAAGGGAUGAAGGCUGACCUGGAGAGGGAGAUUGAGGAGGUCAGGAGGCAGCUGCUGGGGCGUCUGAAAGAGCUGGAGCCUCUGCCUGAGAGGCUGAAGCGUUCUGAGCUACAGUUGAGAGUGGCCCAGGAAGAGACACAGACUCAGGAGAGGAGAAACACUGAGCAAAACAAUGCCCUGUCUGAACUCAGACACAAGGUGGAACAACAGGGAUGUUGGGUGGAGACUUUUCAAGAGAAUAAUUUUCUUCUGGUGGAGGAGCACAAAAAUCUGCAGCAGAAGAUGGAGAGUAUAGAGAGGAAACUGGAGGAGGCAAACUUGCAGAACAGAGAUAUGGUCCAUGUAAUCGGCAAGCGGGAGGAGACCAUCUACAGCACCCAGAAACAGCUGGAGGAGCGGGCCCGGGAGUGCAGCAUCCUCUCCAAGCAGCUGGAGCAGGCCUUCGAGGAUGGACAGAGAGAGGCGGAUCAGAGCCUGGCGCAGGCUUUAUUCAAAGAGAGGUCCAUCCAGACCAAGGCUCUGGACCUGGAGAGCCAACUGGGCCUCAGAAGGACAGAGCUCAGUCAGUUACGCAGAAGCACAGAGGAUAUGGAGCGACGAUUCCAGAAUCAGUUGAAGAACAUGAAGGAGAGACUGGAACAAUCUGACUCUACCAAUCGCAGCCUGCAGAAUUAUGUUCAGUUUCUCAAAGUUUCAUAUAGUAAUGUGUUUGGUGACUCUGUGCUAUCAAGCUCUCUACACACACACACUUACCAAUCUGAUUGAAGAGUGUUAGCCUUAUAUUGUAUGAGUUGUGUACCAAUGAUCUAUUUGUUAUUUUCAGUAUAAAUGUACUGUAUACUGUUUAUCAAAUCUAUGAUCAAAUCUUAAAAUGAAAAUGGACUGUCAGACAUGUUUCACUCUUUCACAAACAACAAACUCACAACAUGUAUGAAAAACGAAAUAUUUAUCCAAUGUUUUUCCCCAGUAUUUUCCAUAGAUACAUAACAAAAAUAUAUAUAUAUAUAUAUGUUUUGAUUUAAUUGUAUCCAUUAUGACGUCAAAGUAGCUUUGUAAGUGUCUGGUCCCUUGACGCGGAACCAUUGUUGUAUCUGAACUCGAAAUAGACGGAAAUUGAGCACUUCGGAGUUUUACUUUAGGCGGCCCAGUAUGCAGCAAGACCAUUAAGCAAGCCGAUGACAAGUUAAUCACGGCAUCACCGAUUUCUCCGUGUCGAUUGUGUGUUUAUUUACACGCCGACAUGCCUGUUGAACGUUUACGAUGGGAUUCAUUGGAGGCCUUGAAAAACUAAUCAAAAGGAAGACAGAAAUACAACCCAGAUUGGCCUGAAAGGGGGGAGAUGAUGAACGUGACCAGUACCUAGCAUUCUAGCUACUGGUUCAGUUAUUGUAAAAGUUGUGUUUUUACUAAAACAACAUUGGAAGAUGAUCAGUAUAGUUGGCUCAUGAGUAGUCUGAUUAAUCUGGCUGUAAUACACAAUUAAUUGGUAUAUACCGUACCAGUCAAAUUCUUUGGACACCUACUACUAUUGUACUAUUUUCUACAUUGUAGAAUAAUAGUAAAAACAUCAAAACUAUGAAAUAACACAUAUGGAAUCAUGUAGUAACCAAAAAAGAACUAAUCAAAAUUAUUGUAUUUUAUAUUUGAGAUUCUUCAAAGUAGCCAACCAUCGCCUUGAUGACAGCUUUGCACACUCUUGGCAUUCUCUCAACCAGCUUCAUGAGGUAGUCAUCUGGAAUGCAUUUAAAUUAACAGGUGUGCCUUGUUAAAAGUUAAUUUGUGGAAUUUCUUAACUUAAUGCGAGCCAAUCAGUUGUGUUGUGACAAGGUAGGGGUGGUUUACAGAAGAUAGCCCUAUUUGGUAAAAGACCAAGUCCAUAUUAUGGCAAGAACAGCUCAAAUAAGCAAAGAGAAAUGACAAUCCAUCAUUACUUUAAGGCAUGGUCAGUCAAUCUGGAAAAUUUCAAGACUUGUUUGGGCCAAGAAACACGAGCAAUGGAAAUUAGACCGGUGGAAAUCUGUCCUUUGGUCUGAGUCCAAAUUUGAUAUUUUUGGUUCCAACCGCCUUGUCUUUGUCAGACGCAGAGUAGGUGACUGGAUGAUCUCUGCACUUCGUGGAAAAUGGCGCCGAUAGAUAGGGCAGCCGUGCUUCUAGCCCCAAGGCAACUUUGCAGUAUUUAGUUUUUUAUGUGUUAUUUCUUACAUUAGCUUAUAAAUGUUUUUGUGUUAUUACAUACAGCCGGGAAGAACUUUCGGAUAUCAGAGCGGCGGUAAUUCAUCAGCAUUACAACCAGGAAUACGACUAUCUUACUUUUUCCGACUCAGGAGGCGCACACACCAUGCACCGCUUCCAUGUAUAUUACUUGCUAAUCUUCAAUCUCUGGAUAAUAAAGUAGAUGAGCUCAGGGCAAGGAUUUCCUUCCAGAGAGUCAUCAGGGAUUGUAACAUAUUCUGUUUCACGGUGACAUGGCUCUUUUGGGAUAUACUGUCUUUGUCCAUACAGCCAGUUGGGUUCUGAGUUCAUCGUGCGGACAGGAAAUCAUAUCUCCCCCCGGGAAGAAGGGCAGGGGUGUAUGUUUCAUGAUUAACUACUCAUGGUGUGAUUGUGAUAACAUACAGGAACUCAAGUCCUUUUGUUCACCCAACCUAGAAGACCUCACAAUCAAAUGCCGACCGUAUUACUUCCCAAGAGAAUUCUCUUCGGUUAUAGUGACAGACGUGUAUAUUCCCCCUCAAGCCGAUACAACAACAGCCCUCAAAUAACUUUAUUGGACUUUAUGCAAACUGGAAACCACAUAUCCUGAGGCCGCAUUUAUUGUAGCUGGGGAUUUUAAUAGAGCAAAUUUGAGGAAAACGCUACCGAAGUUAUGUUAACACAUUGACUAUAGAAUUCAAGCUGCUAAAACACUUGACCACUGCUACUCCAACUUCCGGGAUACCUAAAAGGCCCUCCCUUUGGAAAAUCUGAUCACGACUCCAUUUUGCUCCUCCCUUUCUAUAGGCAGAAAUUCAAUCAGGAGCCACUUGUGUGGGUUGUAGACUCCGUCUCAUGCUACCACUAGAGUGAGAGCACCGCCAGCAUUCAAAAGUGACCAAAACAUCAGCCAGGAAGCAUAGGAACUGAGAAGUGGUCUGUGGUCACCACCUGCAGAAUCACUCCUUUAUUGGGGGUGUCUUGCUAAUUGCCUAUAAUUUCCACCUUUUGUCUAUUCCAUUUGCACAACAGCAAGUGAAAUUUAUUGUCAAUCAGUGUUGCUUCCUAAGUGGACAGUUUGAUUUCACAGAAGUGUGAUUGACUUGGAGUAACAUUGUGUUGUUUAAGUGUUCCCUUUAUUUUUUUGAGCAGUGUAUAUAUGUUAGAUACACACACAAAACUAGUCAAAAGUUGGAGUGUUGGAGAUGACCUGGCCUCCACAAUCACCCAACCUCAACCCAAUUGAGACGGUUUGGGAUGAGUUGGGUGAAGGAAAAGCAGCCAACAAGUACUCAGCAUAUGUGGGAACUCCUCAUCAUUAAACUCAAGGCCUUGGGUCUGAACACCGCCCUAUGCAACUGUGUCCUGGACUCCAACAAGACUGUUGGAAAAGCAUUCCAGGUAAAGCUGGUUGAGAGAAUGCCAAGAGUGUGCAAAGCUGUCAUCAAGGCAAAGGGUGGCUACUUUGAAGAAUCUCAAAUAUAAAAUAUAUUUUGAUUUGUUCAACACUUUUUUGGUUACUACAUGAUUCCAUGUGUUAUUUUAUAAUGUCUUCACUAUUAUUAUACAAUGUAGAAAUUAGUAAAAAUAAAGAAAAACUCUUGAAUGAGUAGGUGUGUCCAAUGCUCCUUACAAGCCAGAAUGUUGAUUCAAAUUACAUUUAAACGUACUCUACCGGUUGUCUGUGUGGUUUGUCCUUCUACUAGAAAUUUGAGAUGAAAUAUCCACAGGGAAGUAUUGUUUACCCAACUUUUUAGAGAGACUGUAGGUUAGAGAGCCUGUAGGUUAUAUGGUUCUAAUAUUGACAGUUGGGGAGUAACGGAUUUAAAAAAAAAAACUAACUGUAAUCUGUUGUUACCAGCAAAAAUAUUGUAAUCAGAUUACAGAUACUUUUGAAAAAAAUAGAUUACUCUGAGGAUUACUUUUAAAAUUCAGGAAGGAUGUUUGCGAAAAAAAAUAUCUCUGUUUUCUCAAUGACAUUCAAAUCAGCAUUGAAAAAAGACACAUGUUUAAAUUUGUUCAAUGUGAGUGAGUCUGACCAUAAAUCAGAGACAACUAUGAUGACACCACAAAUGUGUUUGAUGGAUCGCGGGAAAAGAGCAGGAAUGGGCUUGACAGCAGUGGUGUAGUCUACGGCGAUACGGAUAUCACUUAUUAUUGAUAUCUACAUAGCACAUUGAUGUGAAUCACAAUGCUGCUCUCUCAUUUAGCUAUUUGCGCCUUACGGGUUGUGGAUGGCUGUUCACAAAUCUAAAUGUGUAUUUGAACCCAAUAAAGGUUGACCCCAAUAAUGGUUGAAUUCAAGAAGUCUAA